UGCCGCUAGAGCUGCGCAGAAGGCUGAAGCGGACAGUCAGUCAGACGGCCGGCGGCCCCAGGGCUUCGAGCAGCGAGCGCACUUCUCGUCGGGAUCCGAGCAUCGGUCAACAUGGGCAAAGGGUCGGGUCGGGAGUAUUCACCUGCCUCCACCUCCGAGAAUGGAGGCCGAAAGAAAAAGAAGGACAGGGACAUGGAUGAGCUCAAGAAAGAAGUGUCGCUGGAAGAACACAAGAUGUCACUGGACGAGCUGAGCAAGAAGUACAACGUGGACCUGUCGCGGGGCCUGUCGAAUACCAGGGCAGCGGAGAUUCUGGCCCGGGAUGGCCUCAACGCGCUCACUCCUCCUCCAACCACCCCAGAGUGGGUCAAGUUCUGCAGGCAGCUCUUUGGAGGAUUUUCCAUUUUGCUCUGGAUCGGUGCCAUCCUCUGCUUUCUCGCAUACAGCAUUCAGGCUGCGACAGAAGAUGAGCCUACCAAUGACAACUUGUACCUGGGAGUCGUGUUGGCCGCCGUCGUCAUCGUCACUGGCUGCUUCUCCUACUAUCAAGAAGCCAAAAGUUCAAAGAUCAUGGACUCCUUCAAGAACAUGGUGCCACAGCAAGCCCUUGUGAUCCGGGAAGGUGAAAAGAUUCAGAUCAAUGCCGAAUCCGUCGUCGUCGGGGACCUCGUGGAAAUCAAAGGUGGAGACAGGAUUCCGGCCGACCUACGGAUCAUAUCAUCUCAUGGCUGCAAGGUGGAUAAUUCCUCACUCACAGGGGAGUCUGAGCCUCAAACUCGAUCUCCAGAAUUCACUCACGAAAACCCUUUGGAAACGAGAAACAUCGCCUUUUUCUCAACCAACUGUGUGGAAGGCACCGCUCGAGGUAUCGUGAUCUCCACCGGUGAUCGUACAGUCAUGGGACGCAUUGCUACCCUGGCCUCGGGCCUUGAAGUCGGCCAGACCCCCAUCUCCCUGGAAAUCGAACAUUUCAUCCACAUCAUCACGGGUGUUGCCGUCUUCUUGGGCGUUUCCUUCUUCGUCCUGUCCCUCAUCCUUGGAUACUCCUGGCUUGAAGCGGUCAUCUUCCUCAUUGGGAUUAUUGUGGCCAACGUUCCAGAAGGCUUGUUAGCCACAGUGACAGUCUGCCUCACUCUGACCGCCAAACGCAUGGCGCGCAAGAACUGCUUGGUAAAGAACCUGGAAGCCGUUGAGACCCUGGGCUCGACUUCGACAAUUUGUUCUGAUAAGACUGGCACCCUUACCCAGAACAGAAUGACUGUGGCACACAUGUGGUUCGACAACCAGAUUCAUGAGGCUGACACCACCGAGGAUCAAUCAGGUGCCACAUUUGAUAAGAGCUCAUCCACCUGGACUGCGCUGUCCAAGAUCGCCGGCCUCUGUAACAGAGCUGUAUUUAAGCCUGGCCAGGAGAAUACCAUGAUUCUAAAGCGUGACACGGCUGGUGACGCCUCGGAGUCGGCCCUCCUGAAGUGCAUUGAGCUCUCAUGCGGAUCUGUGAAGAAGAUGAGAGAUAAGAAUCCCAAGGUGGCGGAGAUCCCCUUCAACUCCACCAACAAAUACCAGCUCUCGAUUCACGAGUCCGAAGCCCACCCCAAAGGCCAUCUGCUCGUCAUGAAAGGAGCUCCCGAGCGCAUUCUGGAUCGGUGUUCCACCAUCUUGUUUCACGGCAAGGAGAUUCCCCUGGAUGAUGAGAUGAAGGAGGCAUUCCAGAACGCCUAUUUGGAACUCGGAGGACUCGGAGAGCGGGUGCUAGGAUUCUGUCAUUACAUCCUCCCAGCAGACAAAUUCCCACGUGGAUUCAAGUUUGACACGGAUGACGUCAACUUCCCCCUCACCGACCUGUGCUUUGUAGGCCUGAUGUCUAUGAUUGAUCCGCCCAGAGCGGCGGUGCCCGAUGCCGUCGGCAAGUGUCGGAGUGCCGGGAUCAAGGUGAUCAUGGUGACAGGCGAUCAUCCAAUCACAGCUAAAGCCAUUGCUAAAGGGGUGGGGAUCAUCUCAGAGGGCAACGAGACCGUGGAAGACAUCGCCGCCCGCCUGAAUAUCCCGCUGAGUCAAGUCAACCCAAGGGACGCCAAAGCCUGCGUGGUCCAUGGUUCAGACCUGAAGGACAUGAGCAUCGAGUAUCUGGACGACAUCCUGCGCAACCACACCGAGAUCGUCUUCGCCCGCACGUCACCCCAACAGAAGCUGAUCAUCGUUGAGGGCUGCCAGAGGCAGGGUGCCAUUGUGGCUGUGACUGGUGAUGGUGUUAACGAUUCUCCAGCCUUGAAGAAGGCCGACAUCGGGGUGGCCAUGGGCAUCGCUGGAUCUGACGUUUCCAAGCAGGCUGCCGACAUGAUCCUGCUGGACGACAACUUUGCCUCCAUCGUGACUGGAGUGGAGGAAGGUCGACUGAUCUUUGACAACCUGAAGAAAUCCAUCGCUUACACUCUGACGAGUAACAUCCCGGAGAUCACGCCCUUCCUGCUCUUCAUUAUUGCCAACAUCCCGCUGCCUCUCGGGACUGUCACCAUCCUGUGUAUUGACUUGGGUACGGAUAUGGUGCCUGCCAUUUCACUUGCCUAUGAAGCGGCCGAGAGUGACAUCAUGAAACGACAGCCCCGCAAUCCCAAAACGGACAAACUGGUGAACGAGCGCCUCAUCAGCAUGGCAUACGGUCAGAUCGGUAAGUGACACAAACACGAAGGC